AUGAAAAAUUCUAAUGAUACUCCGGCAUCUAAUAUAUCUGAUAAUACUUCAGACUCUGAUGAUGUAUCUAACUUCGAUAUAUGCCAGGAAUCGGAAAACCAAUAUCUCACAUCUCCUAUUCUCGUAGGGCCUAAAUCAUCGGAAGACGACGAUUUCCUAGAUUCAACAUAUAAAGAAAAGGUUAGUAAAAAGAUAAUUCAGAGUAUUAGAGAGAAGAAAUUUCAAGUUCAAGAGAAAAUCAUAACUUCUCAGGAUAUUAAAUCUUCUUUGAGUGUAAAAGGCGGGCAGGGGUUGAUCCAAGAAUUAUUUACUCUAGAGCCGUCUCUACAAGAAUCAAAUAUAAUUCAAAACCAUACGAUUGGAAUUUCUGAGACCGGCGGUCCCGGAAAAUCUAACAUUGACGAAGCAUCGCAACAUCUAGCUCAGUUAUAUAAUGUAGGACAUCAAAUUUCAUCCGAAAAUACUGAAAUUUUGGCCCAUCUCGGAAAAAUCUUACCCAUAUCUGAAGAUUCAUCAUCCACACUAGCUAAGGCAGAGACCAAUAUUGACUAUGAUGAUGUAUAUUUUGAUGAAGAAUUUGAUGAUGAUGUGUAUUUUGAUGAAGAGGUUGCUUCGCGAUCAGAUAAGGUAGAGCCAGGCCAAAGAAGUUCUUCGAACCAGGCGCUUUCACACGAUGAUAGUGACCAUAGUUACAACAAUGAUUCUGAAGAAGAGAUGCCAGAUGAAUCGGAUGAUGAUAGAUAUAGUAGGUGCGGUGGAUAUAAUGAAUAUGGUGAAUCUGAUAGAGGUUAUUAUUAUGAUUUAA